CCAAGGUAACGGCAGCUUUAUGGGAAAUGGCAAACGUUUCGGUUCAGAUGCUAGACAGCUAACGGACCGAUGUAGCUGUGUGAAAAGUACCACGCGGUCUCUUUUCUGUCAAACCUGCAUUGUAUCAAAGCAGCGAAUGACGGAUAAGGUCGUUAAUGUUCAUUAUUAGGUUUUUCUUUAGCUAGUGAGCUCACUGUCAUUAGCAUGUUCACUGACGAAGCCCUGGACUCAGUCAGUGUCCAGUCUCUGUGGAGGACAUCUCAGCAGUCAACGCAGGAGUCGAGAGGCUGUCAGACCGGACCUGUGCACACUGCUGAGGCAGAGACCCAGACUGUGCGGUGUGCCACCAGCUGUACCCAGACAGAGUCACAGUAUCAGGAGACUGAGCAGCUCCUCCAAAAAAACCAUGAUGAGCUGGAGCCGCCAGGCCUGCAGGACUUCCUACAGCAGGUGGAGGACACGGCCAUCAGAGAGCUGGUCAAAAAUACCAGGAGUCACGCAUUUGAUGAGUUCCAGGUGAACUGGGAAGAUCAUAGUCAACUGGUUUCAUGCCUUCAUUGUCUUCAACAUCCCAGUGCACAAGAGAGAGGUCUUCAUGUAACUGCUGUGUCCUGGAGCUGCACAGGUUCAGUUAUUGCCUGUGCCUAUGGUCGGAUUGACGAUGGAGACUGGAGUACUGAGAGGUCAUGCGUUUGUACAUGGAACCUGGACCGCCGAAACCUAAAUCCCAAACAAGCUGAUCUGGUCAUAGAUGUUCCCACUGCAGUCACAGCUCUGUGCUGUCAUCCUGACCAGCCUGCCUUCAUUGCAGGGGGUCUGUACAGUGGAGAGGUGGUGGUCUGGGACAUCAGUCGGACUCAGGACCUUGUGCUGGUCCAAACUGGGAUGUCAGCAGACAGCCACAGAGAGCCUGUUUAUCAGGUUGCCUGGGUGCCCCUGCAAAAGAAAGGAGACUUUGGGGUGCUCAGUGCGUGUUCAGGAGGACGGGUGCUGCUGUGGAUAGUGGAUUCAGAUCAGGGCAGCUUUGUCCUGAGUGCGGCCUAUGCCUUAGUACAACAGCAGGUUCCCCACAGCAGUUACACUAGCUUCAAGGCCCGAGGGAGCAGCACUGUGGGUGUCACCUCUCUGGCUCUGUCCCCCUGGGACUCUGACACUUUCUUGGUGGGCUCUGAGGGCGGCCUGUUGCUUAGAUGCUCCUUCUCCUCCCAGGUGCUGGCUGCUGCGUCCUCCGAAGGCCAGAGUGUGACACUGAGAGCCCCAGCAGUCUUCCCAUUCAGGCCCCGCAGUGGCCCUGUCCACUCCAUCCACUGCUCUCCUUUCCACAGGAACCUGUUUGUGAGUGCAGGGACUGAUGGUUUGGCCCACCUCCACUCUCUGCUGCAGACCAACCCGCUUCUGUCUCUCAGGGUGUCAGACUCCUACGUGUUUCAUGUGCAGUGGUCUCCAACCAGACCGCUGGUUUUUGCAGCAGCUACUGGACAAGGUGCGGUACAGAUAUUCGACCUGGGCCGCAGGUCCCUGAAGCCAGCAGCCACCAUCGAACAGGGAGGUGCAGACCAACCUGCAACGUGUUUGGCCUUCAACUGUCAGAACCCUCACCUGCUGGCAGUGGGGAAAACAGAUGGGACGGUCGGCGUUUGGCAGCUGAGCCAUGAUUUGACGGAGCAGAGCCCCAGAGAGAUCAGCCAGCUGGAGCAGAUAGCCAAUCAUGUGGCAGAAUGAAAUGUUAACUUGUGUCAGUUAAAGACUGUUGCGUAGGACUGAUUUAUGCAAGCUGUGUUUUGUAAUGUCACAGGUGUUUUUUCCGUUAUUGGGUUUUUUCCUUUAUUGAAAUUUGAUGUCAUUAUUUUUUAGAAGGGUGUUUUAGACCCAAUGUUUGUACCUGUGUUUUAAAGUUCUUUUGUUCUGGCUCUCAUUACAUUUUUGAAUGGAGGUGAUGUAGGGAUGGUGAAUUUUGAUAAAAUGUUUUAUCAAUAAAGAUAUA